AUAUGGCAGAAAUGUAUGAAUAUUUUGAUUUUAGUGAUUAUAAGCCAGAACAUCCUAUAUAUAAAGCUCUCGGAAAAGAAAAGAUUAUUUUGAAUAAAAAAGUUUCUGAUCAAAGAGCUAAAGGGGUACAAAAGAUAGUAGUUAAAAAGAAUCUUACUCAUGAUAUGUAUAAAGAUUGUUUAAAAUCUCGAAAAGAAUGUAUAAUAACAAUGCAUAGAUUAGGAAAUGGAAUUACUACAUUAACUUUUGGAGAUUGGUGUAUACAAGCAUAUAAAAAAUUUAUAUCAAAUGGAAUAUCUCUAGAGUUAGCUGAACAAAGAUCUUUAAGCGUUAAGCUCUCAAAGAGGUAUCAAAAUGAAUGUGUAUCCCAUAUGAAUCUUUGA